CGCCGUCGGCGGCCCAGGUGACACAGCCCAGAGUGCUGCGCGAGGGUGGUCGGUGUGCGCCGUGAUGUCGUGAAGACUCGGCGUCUCAGCGAGUUAUGAAGUGGCCCAUUGACAAUCGUACCAUCCGGAAGGAAGAUUUGACCGUAUACCAGCCGUGAUUGAGGCUGCCUUCGUCGAAGGUGACAGAAUUGCUCAAACGAGGCGUCAAUUUGACGUGUCGCAUUAACUAUCACCAAAGAGGGGACACAGUCAGUCUGUCUCCUUCCGUGCAAACUUUGUGGGACGUGACUGAUAGUCGGGUUGGUGACGUGACGCGCUUCGGCUGCGGCCGACCUCUGACCCUUUCGCUGCCCUGGUGGAACGGUAUUGACAGCCCUGAGCGAGUAGUAUACGGGUCAGGAUCGAACUGUGUGCAAGCGUUGGGCACCCUUCCUACGCGCUUGCAUCGAAACGAACAUUGGUGUCAAGCUGUGCUUCUCUUGUACCGACUACUGGAGCGUUGCGAACAAUUGAAUCAGCGACGUCACUCUCAGACUCAGUAGACAUCUGUGAGUUUCUCUUGUGUGGCCCAAAGUGACAUUUUCACGGCACUCACUGGAGCGAGACAUGGAGACAUCGGCUGGCACUGCAGUCGCUGAGACCGCUGCUAUCGACCAGAGAGAGCCGAUACCGUCAACCCCUCCGGACAGUCUCGGCUCGGACGAGUCGGGCGGCUCAGGGUUCGGAGACGACGCCUCUCUGGGGAGCGACGACCGCGAGCCGAGUCAGGAGGACCGGGACCCUUCUGAGGAGCCACUGGGAGCGUCUAACGACGACCUAGAAGCCUCUGACGACGAUGACCCAGCGGUGACAGCUCGUGACGAUCCUGAGACGGCUGCCGAGGAAGGUUCGCUGCUCGAUGAUGUACAGUUGGAGCAGGACGACUCCCAGCUUAGCGAGCGAGACAAAUCGGCCAGCGUGACGCCGGGGCGAGACGGCAUUGAAGGGUCGGAUGAAGAUGACCGCUCUGAGGACCGCUCUGAGGAUCGCUCAGAGUCUGACUGGGGAGACGCCGAUGGAGCAGACCCAGCCUCAGGCCCCACACAGGUGCUCAAUCUCAGCGAGACGGAGCCGGUGGACCACAGCGGAUUUGACGCUGAUGCGGGAGAGACUGUGUCUGACGAUGCCGCUGCCAGAGGUGGAACGGUGACUGUGCCCGGGGAAGCUUCCUCCCCGGCUGUCAGUGAGUCGGACUCCCUGGAGGGAGGUGAGGAGGGUGGCCUCGCUGAGAUCGACGCUGCCGCAGGGGAUGUCGAAGAGUCGCCAAGCGGCAAUGAAGCUGGUGGAGGUAACGACGCCGAGCAGGCAGACGUCUCUGUUCCUCCGGAUCACUCCGAACAUGUCGAGGCACGCGAACCGCCUCGGCCGGCGCCGCGCCCCGCGCCCCGACCGGCACCUCGCUCAGUACCCCCUCGUUCAGAAGUCGUCCCCGCCGAGACCAUCGCCGUUCUGGAGAGGACGAUCGUUCCUCCUCUGACGCCCGACAGUCUGUCCUCGGAGGAAGAGGAGGCGGGGCAGAGGGCUGAGGACAAGGUGGGAGAUGCCGAGGAGCAGGGGAGGAGCAUGGAGAGGACCAGGGUCGGACUGGACUCGGGACUGGUUCGUGACAAUGAUGAGGAUAUUGAGGAGGCUGGGGAGGAGGAAGACGUGUCCUCUGAUGAGAGACGCAGAGUGGAAGAGGAGAAUACCAUCAAUGAACUCAAAUCAAAAGCAGUGUCCGGUGUGCCGGUGGGGACGGUGAAGGACGACCCUCCGGCGGCAGCGCCCCAGUCCGGCCGGCGACUCAUCAAGGCUGACCCGUCUCUAGCCGUCCCCUGCUCCACCACAUUCGACGACGACGAUGACGAUCCCGACUUUCCGGAGACGCCUGCCACGCCCUACUGCCCGGAGCCGGCGCCCCGGGACGGUCUGGGCCUGGGGUACAGGACGGGCGGCACCGGCACCGGCUCCGGCUCCGGCUCCGGCAUCGGCUCCGGCAUCGGCGGCACGCCGUCACACUGGCAACACAACACUGAGUACGACCAAGAAAUUGUGGCGCUGGACCUGGCGACGCAGCGGGUUAGUUUCAAGUCUGACCGGCGGCACACGCUGUGCGAGCCGCCCAUGUCUCGCUCCCGGCCGGGCUCGGCACUGUCGGACCGUAGCUCGGGCAGCGAGGAGACGCCGCUGCCGCACCAGCCCGGCAGUCAUGUGGCCUCGGAGCUACAGAGACAGUUCCUCGCCUCGUCUCAGUGGAGCGACAUGGACUGUCUCUCGCUGACGCUGGACGAGGUGGUCCACAUCCGCUCGGUCCUCACCAAGGCCGAGCUGGACUCCCUGCCGGUCGAGUGUCACAUCAAGGAGGACGUGGCGCGAGGCAAGCUCUGCUUCCUCUGCAUGAAGACGCGCUUCUCCUUCUUCGGCGCCAAGGGCAACAACUGCCGGCUCUGCCAGCGGGUUGUGUGCGCCAAGUGCUGCGCAAAGAUGCGGAUACCGACGGAGCACUUUGCCAGCAUUCCGGUGUACACGCUCACGCCAUCGUCCCUGUCGCCGCAAGAAGAGGAGGCUCGCUCCCUGCUGUCGCGACUACAGGUGCCCGAACUGCCCAACUUUACCUCCUCAGGCUCUGGGGGCUCGCCCACGUCUCCGGCCAACUCCCGGGACAGUCCUGAGCAGCAGUGCCAGAGCCUGCCGCCUCAGCCACUGCUGCAGCAGGUGGAGUCCAAACUCAGACGGACCCGUCUGUACCGGUCACGGACUCUGGCGCGGCCCGAGGACCUCGAAUCGCCGCGCUCUUCGGAAGGCGACCGGGACGACCUCGGAGGUGUCCUUAUGACCGUCUGCAAGGACUGCAAGGCCAUGGUGCUGCACAUCAUCGGCACCUGGAAGAAGCGACGCGACCGCUCCAAGCGCGCCUCGGCGCCGGCGAGACCGCGCUCCCUGUUCAUCGCGGCCGUCCGCUGAGCGGUCAAGGUCGGCCGAGCCGCCCGCUGAUUGGCUGCCGGUGAGCCGGGCCGCCCGCUGAUUGGCUGCCGGUCAGCCGUGACGCCCGCUGAUUGGCUCCCAUCGGCCGGGGUGGCAGGACAGGGCGCGGUGGGCGCCGGAGCUGCGCCCCAGGGCGUCAGCCUGCUUCUAGUCGCUGUGUGCGGUCGGACGGAUUCCCGACGAAUGUGUCGUCGUCGUCGGCGUCGGCGUGUCAGAUCACGUGACGUGCUGUCUUUGUCGACCGGUGUUCGCAAUGUGUACCUGGAUUUUUGGUUGCCAAAUGGCCGUCUUGCGCGUGUUGAGCGGAUGAACGAUACACCGCCUGGAUGAACGUGUGAUGUGCGUGUAUGAUGUUGUUCUUGUUGAUUUAGAGUGAUGAGUAAGCAUUAACAUGUGUAGCAGCGUCGCGGGUCUGCUGCGGCGGUGGCGUUCAGAGUGACGUCAUCGUGAUGUGCCGCUGAAGCGAGUGGCCCUGCGGUCUGCGUGGCGCCCCUAGGAACGCGACAUUGCGACAUGUGAUACUGUAGGCGCGGACAGGGCAGUGUACCGGGGCCGGCGUGCUCCCGAACAUCCCUUGGACCGUUGUAACCUGCUGCCAUCUUUCUUCUUUUUCUUCUACCGUACCGUCAGCCAUUGGCGCAAUAUUUUGUGGGUGGGGCUGUAUACCAGCGGCAAAUAUUUGAAUUAAAACCGGUGUCGCAGCUCACGGUCAUUUUACAUUUACACUAGUUAUACUCAUUCAGCGUCGCGUCGCAUAGGCCUGUCGAAUUCCUGUCGGCUUGCAUCUGGUCAUCGCUGCGUGAUUUCAAUCAUUUUGUAGAUGUGCAAGGAAUGACAUGUUCAGAAAUUAAUUGAAAAAGAACGGCACUAAAUUUGGAUCAAAAUUAAAAUCACUGAUAAGUAAAUGCCUGUGAACUGAUUUCGUCCAUAUCGCCCCACGUGAUAUUUUAGUUCAUGUUGUGACGAGCAGCAUCGAAAUCCAAUCCCAUCUCAUUCUGCCAGGAUCCCUCGAUUGCGGCCUCGCCCCGGAGUUUGGCUAGAGCGUGCUUCGUGCUCCGUUCGCUGAGACGGUGCUACGUUCCUGCCCACCCGGUCACAUAGCUGCUACGCAUAAACGGCAUCAACAGCAGGGGGCGGGCUCCGUGCUAUUUUACUGCCGAAAGCCUGUCCUCCCGCGGACUCGUCUGGCGCAAAAUGCCCCCCUGUUGAGUCUCGAACCCCCGCUCGGCCAUCUCCCCCAGUCAUGUCGCUGUGUUGCUGUUAUUAGCGCGGCCGACGUCUGGUGAUGCCCGUUACUUUCUUCCGCUUCUGCCUUGUGUCUCUCAAUCUGCGUUUAUUGUACAUUUACAUAUUUUACUGUUUCUGAUAGAUAUGCUGUCUCCAUCGUGCUUGUAUAUAAUAUCUAAAUAUUGGAUUUAACAAUAAAAUAUUUGUUGUUGA